AACCACAACACAACACACACACACACACAACUCACAACUUGAACUCUUUUUACUUAGAAGACGAACAUGUUAAGUCGAUAGUAGUUGGAGCGGAGCUGUUUGUAUUAGGUUGUAGAUUAUAAAGUGUGGAUAAGUGAUAAGUAUAAGUGCGAGUGUGAUAACUAGCUGAUUAAAACACCGACUGUGCUAUACUAUAGGUUAUAAAAAUGUUUGAUAAUUUAUGAAAUAAAUCUUUGUUGAAAAGUGUACCAAAAGUGAAGAAGUGCAUUUACAGUAACUGUUAUUGUAGUAGGCCUAGUUCUCUUCAUAGGCGUGUAGUCGGAAAAUCAAAGGGCCGAGUGCAAAUAUGUACUUUGUUUUUGGUCAAAAACAUUUGUGAUAUUUCCUUACUUAACUAACAGUACUUAAGUUCGAGAUGGAUUCAACCAAAAAAUACGUUAAAGUAUCACCGGAACAAAAAGCUAAUCUUAUUUCAAAACUAUUUUACUGGUGGUUUCUGCCGUUUUUUAAAUUUGGAUACAAACACGACAUCACAAUAAAAGAUGUAUAUAAUACCACACAAGGUGAUUUAUCAGCCGCUCUUGGGGAUGCGUUGCAAAAAAAUUGGGAAGAUGAAAUUAGAAAUCAUGAAGACAAAAAGCAAAAGAAGCCUAGCCUAAAAAAUGCCAUAUUAAAGACAUUUUGGAAAUCUUAUUCCAGAUCUGGCAUAGCAUUAGGUUUUCAAUUUGUAGUUAUUAGAAUGCUUCAGCCGAUAGUAUUAGCCGAAUUCAUAAACUAUUUUGACAGUAAUCAAGAAGCUUACAUUGGUUGGUGGCUGGCAACUGGUGUAAUCGGAAUGGCCUUUCUUAAUGUUAUCAUAACGCAUAGUUGUACUUUAGAUACCCAAAGGGUAGGAAUGCGAGUGCGUAUAGCAGUGUGUUCGUUAAUUUAUAGAAAACUCUUGAAGUUAAGCCACAAUUCCCUGGGUCAAACAGCAUCCGGGCAACUGGUUAACCUCUUAUCUAAUGACGUCCAAAGAUUUGACUUAGCCGCCCAAUUUAUACAUUAUGCCUGGAUUAUGCCACUUACUGCAGGGAUAUCGUUUUAUAUUUUAUACCGAUAUGUUGGCAUCAUCGCUGCCGUUACUGGAAUGGUUUUCAUUACUCUGGAGUCUCUUCCUUUACAAGGUAGUUUCUCGAAAUGGCAAGGAAAACUAAGAUACAAAAUUGCUCUAAAGACAGACAAAAGAGUAAAACUGAUGAGCGAAAUUACUUCUGGAAUACAAGUCAUCAAAAUGUAUGCAUGGGAAAAACCAUUCGAAAAAGUCGUAGAGCUCUCUAGAAAAUACGAAAUAGAUAUUAUAACAACUACCUCUUAUUGCUAUGGCGUCCUAUCAGCAAUGGGCAUAUUCACAGAACGUAUGAUUUUAUACAUCACAGUCAUUACUUUUGUACUAGUUGGACAAAGAUUAACGGGAGAUGUAGUUUUUUCUUUAGCUCAGUUAUUCAACACUGUUCAAUUGAUCAUGGCGAUAUUCUUCCCAAGAGCUUUGUCAUUUUAUUCUGAAGCCAAAGUUUCUAUUACAAGGUUAGAAGACUUUCUUUUAUUAGAUGAAAACGAAAAAAUACCGGAGCCGGAAAAAAUCUCCAACCCAGACGAAUUAGGAGAAAUUCAAUUGACUAAUAUUUCAGCCAGUUGGGCAUCGAAACCAAUUGCACCCACUCUGAUGGAUCUCAAUUUACACAUUCAACCGGGAACUUUAUGUUGCGUCGUUGGUAACGUAGGCUGUGGAAAAAGUAGUCUUCUGCAGUUACUUCUGAGGGAAUUACCGGCAAGUAGGGGGCAAAUGAAGAUUAACGGGAAAAUUUCCUAUGCUUCCCAAGAACCUUGGCUUUUUGUUUCAAACGUGAAAGAAAAUAUACUUUUUGGAAAACCAUUCUUGAAAAACAGGUACCAUGACGUAGUUAAGGUGUGCUCUCUAGAAAGAGAUUUUAAACAAUUUCCCUUUGGUGAUAGAAGCUUAGUAGGUGAAAGAGGAACAUCGUUAAGUGGAGGACAACGAGCAAGAAUUAAUCUUGCCAGAGCAGUAUACACUGAAGCAGAUAUUUACUUAUUCGACGAUCCGCUAUCGGCGGUCGACACAAAGGUAGCAAGACAUCUUUUUGAUGAAUGUAUAUCGAAAUAUUUAUAUGGAAAAACUAGAAUUUUGGUCACACAUCAGCUCCAGUUUAUGAAGAAAGCUGAUUUGAUAAUUAUUAUAAACAAUGGUCAAAUUGAGAAAAUAGCCAAAUUUAACGAAUUGUCGGAAAAUGACUUGAAUGCUCUUCAACAAGAACCUGAGGCCGAUGAUAAAGAGAAAGAAAAGGUACCAGAGACUGGCGAUAAGAUUCGUAAAAAUUCGACAGUACCUCAUUUCCAGUCUAUGAGUUCUUUGGCUAGUUCUGUAUUCUCGGAUGAUCCGAACGAAGAAGACGAACUUAUCGAAAAAGGUGCCAUUUCAAAUGCUACUUAUGUGGAAUAUUGGAAAUCAGGCGGUGGAGUUUUAUUCUUAUUCUUUACAAUUUUUAUAUUCCUCGUCGCUCAAAUGAUUACGAAUGCAUCAGAUCUUUGGCUUACACAUUGGACUAAUAACGAGGCAAAAAGAUACCAUCUUAGUGAUUCCCUACACAAUGCAACUUCCAAUAAAACCUUAGAAAGACCAUUACUAAUGUCUACUGGAUUAUCUGAUGAGAUGUCAACUUCUGCUACGUUAUUAACAGAUUCAACACCAUCUGCAGAUAGUUCACUUCUAAGUUUAAGUCAGAAACGAUAUUUAACAGACCUCAUCAGAAAUGCUACUUUAGAAGAACUGAAUGACAUUCCGUCUACAGAAUAUUAUAUUUAUGUGUACACUGGAAUUAUAUUAGCUUCUGUUGUAUUUCUUACGUGGAGAUCAUUCCUUUAUUACCAGAUAUGUAUGACUGCUUCCAAAGUUUUGCAUAAUAAGAUGUUUAACAAUGUUCUUCAAGCACCGAUGAGAUUUUUCGAUACAAAUCCAUCAGGGCGAAUUUUAAACAGGUUCUCAAAAGAUAUGGGUGCAGUAGACGAACUUUUACCACGCUGUCAAAUUGACGCUAUUCAAAUUUUUAUGGUUAUGAUUGGUAUCUUAGCUAUGGUGUUCAUAGUGACUCCUUGGAUGAUCAUUCCAGCAGUAAUACUUGCUCCUCUUUACUACUUCUUCCGUGUAGUUUACUUAACAAGCGCACAAUCGUUAAAAAGACUGGAAGGAGUGUCAAGAGCUCCGGUGUUUUCCCACAUAUCGGCUUCACUAUACGGUAUAACAACAAUUAGAGCCUCAAACGCUGAAAAAAUGAUAACUACAGAAUUUGAUAUCCUACAAGAUCAGCACACCAGCACGUGGUACUUAUUUAUAGUCAGCAGUACCGCUUUUGGAUUUUAUUUGGAUGUCAUGAGCUGCUUUUUCUUGGCGAUUGUGACUUACCAAUUUCUUCUUUUUAGAACAGAAAAUACUUUAAGUGCAAACGUGGGCUUGGUCAUAUCUCAAAGUCUCAUAUUAACGGGCAUGGUACAAUAUGGAGUGCGACAAAGUGCAGAAGUGGCGAGUAAUAUGAUUAGCGUAGAAAGAGUUUUGCAAUAUACUAAACUGGAUAAGGAAGGGCCCUUCGAAACGCUACCUGGCAAGAAGCCACCAAGGAAUUGGCCCGAAAAAGGAAGAAUUAUAUUUAAGAAUACGUACUUAAAAUAUGCUCCAGAACUUCCACCUGUAUUGAAAGAUUUAAAUAUAGAAGUAAAUUCUGGCGAGAAGAUUGGAAUUGUUGGACGAACCGGUGCAGGAAAGUCAACCCUCAUUGCGUCACUUUUCAGAUUAGCACCGAUAGAGGGUACUAUAUCAAUAGAUGAUGUUGAUACUGCCGAAAUAGGUUUGAAUGAUCUAAGAUUAAAUAUCUCAAUCAUACCCCAAGAACCAAUUUUGUUCUCCGCUUCACUCAGGUAUAAUUUAGAUCCUUUUGAGAAACAUGGUGAUGAGGUUUUAUGGAAAGCGUUAGAAGACGUUGAACUCAAAGGUGCUAUUAGUGACUUAAAUCAAGUUGUCAGUGAAGGAGGAUCUAACUUCAGUGCUGGCCAAAGACAACUUAUAUGUCUCGCUAGAGCUAUUAUACGCAAUAACAAAGUUCUCGUUAUGGAUGAAGCUACCGCUAACGUAGAUCCACAGACUGACGGCCUCAUCCAAAAAACUAUUCGUGAGAGAUUCCAAGACUGUACAGUACUUACAAUUGCCCACAGAUUAAACACCAUUAUGGAUUCAGACAGAGUAUUAGUCAUGGAUGCCGGACAGGCAAUGGAGUUUGACCAUCCAUAUCAGCUUCUACAAAAUCCGGAAGGAUACUUUAGCAAGAUGGUCCAGGAAACUGGACCCGCCAUGGCGGAGCUAUUAAGUAAUGUAGCAAAGAAUGACUACAUUAAGAAGAAGGGACCGUUAACCAGUGAAGUUCCACAAAAUUUAGCAAUUGAAGAUAACAAAGAUUAGUUCCUUAAAUUAAGAUGUCUAUUUUAUAUAAAUAUAUGAAAAUGUUAUAUGUUUGUAAUAUCUUAUUAAAGUGAAAACCAAUUUGUGAUCUUUUGAUACAUUGCAGCUGCAGAACAAAGAAAUAAACUAUAUUGAUAAAUUGUUGUAAAUCAAAAACAAAAGAUA